AUGAACCACCAAAGCAACAAGUAUUCACCAGAUAGCCAGAGCCCAAACUCUCGACUGCCGGUGGCAUCAUUCGGGACUGCGCGCCCGCGAGACACAUCUCCACCACAGCAGUUGAGUUCGGCAGCCUCCUACGCAGAUCUCCAGUUUCUCUAUGGAAUCCAAGACGCGACCAUGAACGCACCUAAACCCAAUCGCAACAGACGGUCAUCCAAUACAAGCUCGGACCAGAUGAAGCAUCGCCGAACAAGAAGUGGCUGCUACACGUGUCGGUCACGCCGUGUCAAGGUCAGAGACUCCAACUCAUCCUUGGUGACCUGCGACGAGGGUCAUCCAAUCUGCGAGAGGUGCAAGAAAGGUGGCCGAGAAUGCGUCUAUCCAGAAACUUCAACCUCAGCAAAGGCCUCGAAAAAGGCAGGUUCAAAAACCGAUGUGACACCACAGGACUAUCCGGGAUCGUCAUCCGACGAGUAUGACGAAGAGAAGCGACUAAACGCAAUACCGGACGAAGACGAAAGCCUGGGCGGCGACAGACGUUCUCAGCGCAUGUCAGAAUACGGAAUGCAACCGAGCAGCACCAUUCAGUCGUUAGGCGCACAGAUGGGCGUGACUAGACACAGUUCCGAGACUCCUUCGUUGGUGCAGGACAAAGCUUCAUCACCCACGCCAUCUACAGAAGGAUCCGUGGGAUACCACACGGCCGGCAUAUUCAGAGCGAACAGAACAGCAAAGCAACCUGGAUCGAGCCCAGAGACCCCGAGGAGCGACUGGUCACAUCUCCCUCUCGACCUUCAACUCUACCUCGCUUACUUUUACGAAAACAUCACGCAUCUCCACUACUCCCUGAAAACCGACUUGAGAGACUUCUUGCAAACGACUUUUCUUGAGGCUGCUUUCAGGAACGAGUCAUUACUAUACGCAGUGGUCGGAUUCUCCGCGUUUCAGCGAACGUUGCACACCCCGGACGGCAAAAUACAAGAUUUUCUCCAAUAUUACAACAAGGCCGUGUCUUUACUCCUCAACUCGCUUCAGAGGGGGGAGAAGCAUACCCAUGGCACGAUACUCGCAAUCCUCCAGCUGGCAACGAUUGAGGAAUUCCUGGGAGACUGGAUCAACCUACUCGGCCAUCAGAAAGCAGCCUACGAAAUCCUGACCGAGCUCUACACGCCGCGGACGGUCAUGGAAGAUCCGAUGUCGCGCAUGAUUCUUGGCUGGUAUAUGCGCUUCGAUGUUUUUGCCGGGCUGCUGGGCGGUUUCGCGACGGUACUAUCCAGGGAGUGGUUUUCUUACGCACACGAUUACUUCCAGCACCAAGUUGCACGUGAACCGAACGUUCUGGAGUGGAAGAUCGAAUUUGCAAUCGCCCAACACCGCCUCAACGCCACGGACAUGUCACUGCUCUUUGCAAGAAAGGGCAAAGGGGAGAUCUCCACCGAACAGUUCGUCGCCGAGAACGAAGACAUCGCGCGAAGACUCGAGGAGUGGAAGACCAAGAUGGAUCCAGCCCUCCAAGAUAGCCGAUAUCUCGUCACGGACUUCUCCGGCGCGCGCCCGGUUCCCUCGGACGAUAUCGUGAAUCCGUACCUACCCGGCAUCAUAUACAGUGGGCCACUCUCGAUCAUGAACGUCGCGACCAUCGACUGGUAUUCCAUCGACCUGAUGCACAAGCUUCAGACUGCUCUCACGUUGCAGAAACAACCUAGUCCCGAGGUUGUUAGGAUCGCCUACGACUGCUGCCAGCUAUUCGAGGCCCUCGAGUUCUGGCCCCAGAGGCCCUCGGGGAUAGUGUUGGCCUGUCAGGCGAGCCUGGGAAUCACCUCCUUGUUCCUGCCGAAGGACGAGAGGCAUUUCAUGUGGGUACGCAGGAAGUUGGCCACGAUCGAGUCGAACGGCUAUAUAUACCCCUACACCUUCCGAAGCAAGAUGGCCGACCUCUUCCGCGACCGUUCGUGCAUGCACUGGUGGCUCCCGCACGACGAGAACUACCCGCCCAUCAUCCGCUCCAUCCGCAAAUUCGUCGAGGAGCGGACGUCUCCGGCGAAGGACAUCCCGGCGGAGGAUUUGCGAGACAUGAAAGCCAUCUUCGCUUCGCUGAACCUGGUCGAUGAUAAAUCCAGUGUCACGCCGGCGGCGUUGGGGAAGGGGAAUGGGGGGCCCCCACGGCUUGCCGUGGCUGUUGCGCGGGACUCGUAUGGCGGCCGUGACCACCUACCAGGCGCUCAACGGGGGCGCGAGACGCACGACCUCGGCUUUGAUGACGGGCAGGGGCAUUGGAACGAAGGACGGGGUGGUGGUGGAGGAGUGUACAGGGCCCCGGGACCACCUGGAUAUCGUUAA